CAGAGACACAUUUCGUUUGCUCCGCAGUCACUCAUCCCGACGUGUAACGAAAUUAAUUCGAGCAGAUCACCAAGUCCGAGAAGAUUAAUCAAACAGGUGGCUUUAGAGUCAUCCCCACCGGCGGUUGAUUACGGAGACUUUGCCUCGAAGGUGGCGGAUUAUGAUCAGAAGAUUAAAUCGAGAGAUCAAUUUCGCAUUCAACGCGAGAAGUCGAAGAAGACCAAUACCACGACGGAUCAGGACGCGAUUACUCGUGCGAGACGGACGGAAUCCUGGUGCUCGGAAUGCGGAACAAUAAAAGAGGAGUAUUCCGAUGAGGAACUUGGAUUAUGUAUAAUAACCUUGGGGACCUUCAUACACCGAGAACCGUCUUUAGCCGCACCGUUAUUACCAGAUAUACUCGGCGUAGUUACCAAAGUUGCACUUAACGCGAUGUAUCCUUGGCAAAGCGAAACGAACAUGCAUUUGCCGGGCGGUGCGGUCAGUGUGGCACAUCAAUUUCUCAGAUGCGUCCUUCAUCAACUGGCACCUAACGGAGUGUUCAUGCAGAUGUUUCAGACUCAUCUAAACGAAACGACAAGAUUGCAGUUCUUUAAGAGCGUCGCGCAAGCUUUGAUCGACUUCAACGAAUUAAAUCCCAUCGCGCCGUUGCAGUUGCUGCUCGAGACAUUAAACAUGAAGAAAUCGUUGCCGCUGGAACGGCUGCCAAUAAUAUUGUACAAUAUCGCGUGUUACUUGGACUGUCUCCCGCUAGAAGCAGGAUUGGGCCCAGGCGCAGCCACGUGGAGCGGACUGUUAACACAAUUCGACGGACUUUUCCGAAGGCUCGUCCUUAUGCUUCCCUCAAUCGAGGACAUCACACCUCUGCUGCGAAUUAUGAUUUCUAUCUUGAAGGUUCCAGGGAUUCAGCAAUCAAAGGUAGGUACUUGA